GCGCCGGGCCCGGGGCCGCCGCCGCCGCCGCUCAGCCCCGGCGCCCCGGGGAGCCGCCCGAGGAUGGUUCCCCCACCACCUGUCAGCAAGCCCCACGUGUGCCUCUCCACCGUGCUCAUCAUGACCAGCCUCGUCCUCAUGGACGCCUACCUGGUGGAGCAGAGCCAGGGCUCUAGGAAGCUGGGCAUCUGUGUCAUGGUGGCAGUGGGUGACGUGUGCUUCCUGCUGGUGCUCCGCUACGUAGCCAUCUGGGUCGGGGCUGAGGUGAAGACAGCUAAGAGGGGCUACGCCAUGAUCCUCUGGUUCCUGUAUGUCUUCGUUCUGGAGAUCAAAGUCUACUUUGUGUAUCAGAACUAUAAAGCUGACCGGAAAAGCCUGGAUCUCAUAGCCCGCAAAGCGCUGACCCUGCUGCUCUCCAUCUGCAUCCCAGCCCUCUACGUGUUGCUCGUGGCCACGGAGCACAUGGAGUACGUCAGGACAUUCAAGAAGAAAGAAGAUCUCCGUAACCGCCUCUUCUGGGUCAUUGUGGACAUGCUGGACGUGCUGGACAUCCAGGCCAACCUGUGGGAGCCCCAGAAGAAGGGGCUGCCGCUCUGGGCUGAGGGCAUCAUGUUCUUCUACUGCUACAUCUUGCUCCUGGUCCUCCCUUGCGUGUCCCUGUGUGAGAUCAGCAUGCAGGGGAUUGGCAUCAUGCCACACCGGAUGAUGCUGUACCCCAUGCUGAGCAUGCUCACCGUCAACAUCACCACCAUCUUCAUCCGAGGCAGCAACAUGGUCUUCUUCAGGGACGCCCGGGUCUCCAGCAUCUUCAUGGGCAAGAACAUGCUGGCCAUCGGGCUGAAGGUCUGUACGUUCGUGCAGUACCAGCGGCACCAGCACCACGCGGCCCCGGGGCCGGCCCCGGCCCCACAGCACAGCUCUCAGGCCCAGCCCUCGCCAGGGCUGCACAAGCCCCGGGACCAGCCCGCUGGCCCCGAGGAGCUGGCCCAGGACAACACGUGAUAAGCCAGCAGGAGCCACAGCCUGGCCACUGCCGCCACGCUUGGCCGUACCUGCGGAGCUGAGGUGGGCCGCUGAGCUCCCUGCCUGGACAGAGGGUGCCGCCGCCGCUCCCUCCCUCCCUGGGCAAAGCUGCUCUGGUCCCUGGGGGUCGCAUGGCGAGGCCCCCUCUGUAAGGCCACAGAGUGGUUUGGGACCUCAGCCCCCUGAUGGAGAAGGGCAGCGGAGCGGAAGAGCCCACGCUUGUGGCUGUGCGCUGUGCCCGGCCAGGCCUGCACUAGGCUCCCCCCGGCAGGGCUCAGGCCAGGGGGGCUGCACGUGCCCUGUUCCACUGUUCCGGUGGGCCCUGGCUCCAGCCUGCUGUGUGGUAGCUCCCUGCUCCCUGGGCCUCCCCCUGCCCAUCACCCCUCUCAGCCAGCUGCAGGCCUGGGCGGGCCUUGAGGGGGUGACUGUCUUUUUUGGUAUUUCCCUCUUUGCAAUAAAAGACCUGAGCCCUG